AUUCUAAUGGUAAUAUUACAAUAUGGAAAUCCCGUUUGAUUGUAAAACAGUUUAUUAUUACAAUAAAUUUGAAAUUGGUCUUAAUUAAAACGCAUAUAUUUAAAUUUUUUUUUUAAAUAUUUAAACUCAAAAAAGCUUGGGGUUUUUCCUCAGACAUGAAUAAUCCAUCAAUUACUAAAAAAAAAGAAUGGCAUGUGCUAAAUUAAACCACACAUUAUCAAAAAAAUGGCAACGAAUUACCGAGUCAAAAUAUACAAAAUUAUUUGUAGCGUUAUCAGCUAUACAGACCGUCAUAUUGAUCUUCCUACAAGUUAGAAUAUUAUCUCGUAAUGUAGCUUUAUAUUUGAGUGAGAUUUAUCCAUUCGUUACAAAUAACGAAAGAAACAUGUGUACUUCAGUUAUUGUCGUUUCCAGAUUUAUGAUGAUAAUUACCGAAGAUGUUAUGUUCAUUUUAUUUAAUCUUUAUCAAUUCUAUUUUUGCUUGAGCACGAUUUUUCAUCAAAACACAAUGCAAAUCUUUGCGAUUAUCAUAAUUAAUAUUGGAUACGUAAUUCUCGGAAUAGUAAAUAAAUUUCAAUUUUUCUACGUUCUCAAAUUAUGUGACAGAAUUAUAACUUCUCAAUUUUUAGGUUCAACUGAUUGAUAUAAAAAUAUACGGAAAUAAAAUUGAAUCAAUGUGCCCGGGACUUCAAUUAAAUAACAAUUUAGUAUUAUAUGAAUUACCUCAUAUUUUAGUCUUAGCGGUCACAGCAGCUUUGAUUGCUACAUUAUCUUGGAAGUUAUAUCAACAAUU